AUUUAAAGAAACCUACGUUAAGCCAUAUAAAAAUUAUUUGGUGAUUACUGCAAUAGAUGGCGGAGUUAUUGCUGUAUCGUGUUUAUACAAUCGCCCAUUUCUGUUCACUUUUUCGCGUAAAACGUGGUAAGCCACAUUAAAAUGGCGUCGACAUCAGGUGCACGUGCUGAAUUAAGAGCGGUUUUAAGCGAAAAUAGCAGUUUAAAUGUCAAUUUUAUUGAUGAUAGGGAUGACAGUGUAGCAGACAAAGACUAUAAGCCCAGUGGCGAUGAUUUUCCGUCUCAAUCUAGUGAGGAUGAAUUGCAGGAACCAAUACCCAGGCUUUUUAAAGAUAAGGAGGUUAAUCCAGAGAAGAAAAAACCAACAAGAUGGAGACAACUAAAUGAGGAACACUAUGAUCGAAAUGAAAGAAAAAGUUACAGUAUACCCCAGGCAACCAAACGACGUUUUUAUAACGUAGAUAAAACGUCAUAA